UGUUUUGAAUCCAUCAGAGGCGGCGGCAGUGAACGAAAAGCUGUUGUUGAGCGUGAAGUGAAGUGGUACAUGACAGGGUGAUAGGCCACGAUGUAACUCCAACCCCAUUGUGAAAUGUUAAUUAUCGAGCCUACUGUCACUUAGCAUAGUUAGUUUUUAAACCCAAUUUAAAGGUUUGAAUAAUCUAAAGUAGCAACGUGAAACAACUUGAGCGAAGUUAACCUAUGAAUGUAUGCUAGCUAAUUUAGCUAUGGCUUCUAAAUCCGAUCAUCUUCUCAUCGUUGUGUCUAUUCUCGAAGGUCGUCACUUUCCCAAGAUCCAGCGUCAUACUGUAAUAGUUCAGGCCAAGUUUGACGGCGAACAGCUUUCCACAGAUCCCGUGGAUCAUAAGGAACAACCGCAGUUCUGCACUGAGUUGGCCUGGGAGCUUGAUCGCAGGACUCUGCACCAGCACAGACUCCAACGUACACCCAUCAAAUUGCAGUGUUUUUCUGUGGACACAACCACUAACCAAAGAGAGUGUGUAGGGUACAUAAUUCUUGACCUCAGAUCCAUCCAGGAAAUCAAACAGACCUCUAAUGUCAUCUCUCAGCCUCCAAGGUGGUUUCCUUUGCUAAGCAGCAAGUACACCAAGCUAAAGCCAGCAAUAUUGCUGUCCAUGGUGUUGGAGAAUGAUGAGAAGCAAAGCCCGGAGUCCUUUAAGGCCAGGAAGGCCCCACCAAGACAAGUGCCGGUGGGUAAACUGCAGCUGGUUCUAAAUGAAGAGGAGGGCUUUCAUCAGCUCGGCCCUGCAGACAGCUGCUCAGAGCUCUUUGUUCUCUCUGUCACAGUGGCAUGUGCUUCCAAACUUGAGCAGCUAAUAGGCAGAACAACAGAGCUCUCCAGGGAGGGCGUGGACUUUUUCUUCUACUACACACUGCUGGGUAAUGACAUCACCAGUGAGCCAUUCCAGAAUGUGAUGAGCCCUAGCUUUGAGCCAGAGAGAGCCUCCGUGCGCAUCCGCAGUAGUGAGAAGAUCCUGCGAGCCUAUCUCAGCCAGCAGCCCAGUCUGGAGAUCCACCUGUGUUGUGGAAGCCACUCUCUGGGCAGUGCUGAGGUGUCCCUAUCCAGCCUCGCCCUGACCAGUGUCUCCCUAAGCACACAGCCAGCCACUGUGGAGGGAGCGUUUGUCCUGCAGUCCCCUGCCCAGGCCAGGCCCCGUCUGCCCAGCGUCCCCACAGACCUGCAGCCUACAGUGGGGGUGUCUGUCACCCUCAGGAAGGAGACGGCUAACCCGCAGGCAGCUGGCCGGGAGAGUGGUGAUGGCCUUCGGACGGGCAAAGAUGCUGUGCCUCGUGAUGGGCCCCCAUCACCUGCCCCCGCGGCCCCCUCUACUGCCCCUGCUCCAGCCCUGGCACCUCCCACUGAUGAACAGCGCUUACGGUCACCCUCACCUGGCCAGAGCACACCUGGUGGUGGUCGCAGGUCAGUGAGUCCAAUCAAAGGAGGCGCCCACACAGAGAGUGAUGCUGAGAGCCUACAAGAGGAGGAGGAGGAGGAGGAAGAGAAGCGGCCAACACUGCCUGGUAAGCCAAAGCGCUCCCCUCCAGCGGCUGCCCCCGCAAAGAAGAAUCCAGAAGCAGAGCUCGUCUCCUCAGUUUCAGUGUCAGCUCCAAAGGUUUCCAUCCCAGCCUCAGCUCACCACUACUGCUUCUCCAUGGACCUGCGCAGCAUCCGAGACCUCAACACUGGAUUUCCUGUCAACUGCACCCUGAGGUAUGCGUACCAGUUCUUUGGCAGCGCAGCCCCCAUAAUGACCAGCCCUCCCGUGGAGGUGAAGAGGGGCACCGAGGUCUUCCUGCCCCAGUCCUACUGCGCCUUCGACUUUGCUGCCCUGCCACACCAACUCCAGGACACCUUCCUCAGGGUGCCCCUUGUGGUGGAGAUGUGGCACAGGGACUCCAGUGCCAGGGACGUGCUGCUGGGCACCGCCAGUGUUCAGCUCUCCCACCUGCUCACCGCAGAGAAGAGCCGCUUCCUGGGCCCCUCUGGCCAGCAGCACUGGAGACAGAGCUACACAGAGAGGCUGCCUGUCCUCAAGGCUCAUGGAUCCAGUGAGAAGGUGGCAGAACUGAGCUAUUUUACUACUUUGGAAGAUCUAGGUCUCGUCAGAACCCAAGAUAUUGCCAUUUCAGAGUCUUCUCAGAGUGGACAUCCAGUCCAGCCGAGAGCAGCUGCGGUGGUGCCCCCUAGUGGCCCCAGUGGUGCCGUGGCCGAGCCCCGGGAGACGCUGGAGUACAGAGCUGCCAUGGAGCUGGAGAUGUGGAAGGAGAUGCAGGAGGACCUGUUUGACGACCAGAUGAAGAAGAAGGAGCUGAACCACAUGCAGGCGCUGGCCGAGGAGUGGAGGAAGAGAGACCGCGAGAGGGAAGCACUGGUCAAGAAAAAGGAACUAGAGUACAACCUUCUUGAAGAGCAGCUACAAAAAACUCUGGCUGAGUUGGAGAAGCGGGAGAAGAAUUUGGCCCAUGCUGAGCUGGAGACACAGCGGCUGCAGCGUGAGUUGCGGGCAGAGCAUGAGUUCUCCGUGCGUGAGCUGCAGGACAGUGGGCGACGGCUGCGUGAGGACUGCACCCACCAGGUGGAGCUAGAGAGGGCAAAGGUCAGACAGCUGGAGGAGGAGAACACGCGGCUGCAGCAGCAGCUACUGGACGCCGACAGCAAAUACAAACUCCUGGAGAAAGAAUUCCAGCUGUUCCGCGAGCAACAACAUACCCGGCCUGAGGUCCGCCUGCAGUCGGAGAUUAACCUGCUCCGGUUAGAGAAGGUGGAACUGGAGCGCAAGCUGGAGACCAGCACCAAGUCCAAGCUGCACUACAAGCAGCAGUGGGGGCGUGCGCUGAAGGAGCUGGCCAGGUUUAAACAGAGGGAGCAGGAGAACGCCAUGUCUCGGCUGAAGAAGCAGCAGCAGGAGCUGGAGCACAUGCGUCUGCGCUACCUGGCAGCGGAGGAGAAAGAAGCGGUCAAGACGGAGAAGAGCGAGCUGGAGGACAUCAGAAACCAACUCAACAAGCUGAAGCAGCAGGAGGUGAAGCAGCCGUGGGGUGACCCUGUGGGGGGGUCAGCAGGCGAGAGUGUGGAUGACCACCUGAGUCGACUCUUAGAGGAGAGGGACACUCUGUUGCGCACGGGCGUCUACACACACGAGGACCGCAUCAUCAGCGAGCUCAACCGGCAGAUCCAGGAGGCCAUGGCCCAGAGACCGCCGUCCACCACAGACCGAACUCACAGACCCGCCCACUGAGAGCCAGAUACUACUCACCCCUGGCCACCUGCAAUCUCUAAUAAGGGACCUUCAUGAAGUGAAUUCCCAAUCAGACAUAGCCUGCAAUGACUGCUGCAACCUUCGGUCCUCCUGUGGUCACAGUGGCAGGCUGGGACUAUUUGAAUUGAUAUCUGUGAUUGAUUGUCGCAACACAAGAAUCCUUUUCCAUGGAAGGUGUGGAUGUUAACAGACAUAGUUGUGUCUUUUGUAUAUUUAUGUGUGUAUCUGUUGACACUUUUAGACCAUUUGUUACUUUUUUUUAAUGAAAUGAGUCAUAAAAGUCCCACAUCUGUGUACUACGGAGAACUGCUACAAUCUCUUGACUUUAUUUCAUCACCUGAUGUGCAUCAGCCCAAUGAGAGCGUAGGGAUCUCCUGUGAGGCCUGGAGGGUUUCUCAAGAGUGUAGUGGUGGUGAGGGCCACUAGGGGGCGGUAGCAUCUCAGCUUAUGUGAUAUCAUAUUUGCAUUACACCAGAUCACUGUUUAUUUAUUUCCUUUUUUAGGAAGAUG